AUGGCAGGUUCAAUCGUCUAUAUUUUAUGCCUAAUUCUUAGUUUUGCUUUUUUGGAAGGCAAAUUUUUUAUAAAACCUGGAUCUGGAAACUGGUGUCUUGAUAACUCCAGAUGUCCUGCUGGGGAAUGUUGUAUGGCAGUACGAGAGAGUGACAUCCCUUUCUGGCCCGGGAAGGCACCCCCGGGAAGAUGUUUUGUUAAAUCAAGCGAAUUGGAAGAUAAUUGUAUGAAGUCGAAAAGAAAAGUUCCUAGAAAAUGUCAUACUGGAUCUGAUUGUGCUGACAACGAAUGUUGUACAACGUGGAUCCAAGGACCUGUUAUUGGAAAACGGGAAACAUUUGAGGGUACUUGUGAAAUAAUAGGACAUAUUGGCUCAGAUUGUUAUCCAGAUGACCACAAAAAUGGUACCAAUGGUAAACCUGAUAGUUUGGUACCAAGCUGUCCUUGCGAUAAACCUUUUACUUGCCUUAACAUAGACCUUGUUGAUCACCAUGGUUCUUUGGGUGUCUGUGUAUAG